CAAGUAUUCCGGAUUAGGACAGACCUUUCCUGUGCAAGGUGGUCACCACUAUCAAUGCAGUGCUUAUAUAAAAGUACAUUUCAAUACACAAGGAAAAUUAUUUGCAAAUCUUCAUAUGUUUGUAACCUACAAAACAACAGACGGAACUUCACACUACAAACAAUUCGCAAACGAUCAGUAUCACCAAAAAGAAUUCAACUGGGAAGAAAUUGGUGGCGAUUUUUAUAUACCUUCCGGCGUAAGCAGUGCCAAAGUGUACAUACAGAUAAACGACCAUUCUGUUGUCUACACUUUGGAUCAUGCAAGCUGUCAACAAAUACCACACGAUUCUCAAUGGCAAAUAAAAGCUACAGACAGAAUAGAAAAUACUAGGAAAGGGAGAUUAAACAUAAAAAUUACUUCUGAUGGACAACUUGAUACAAAUGGACUCAUAGUUCAGAUAAAACAGACAAAAAGUAAAUUUGCCUUUGGAACAGCAUUCAGAGCACAAUAUGUUACCGACAGCAUCCACAAAGCUUACCAGGAUUUUCUGUAUAACAAUUUUGAAUGGGUGGUUCCUGAAAAUUCUCUGAAAUGGAAACAGAUGGAAUGGUCGAGAGGUCAUGUAAAUUAUGAUAAAGGAAUUGAUGCAGUGAAAGCCGUUAAGGCACAUGGAAUGAAGGUACGAGGACAUAACAUGUUUUGGGGAGUUCCCUCUCGUCUUCCACGUUGGUUGACAGGGUUGUCAUCUACUGAGCUUUUACAGGAAUUAUAUGAUAGAGUCAAUGGAAUGAUAGCCAAAUCUAGAGGAAUGUUGGAGCAUUGGGAUGUAAACAACGAAAAUUUACAUGGUGACUUUUUCGAGCAGCAUUUGCCAAAUCCAAAUGUUACCAAUGAUAUGUUUCGAUGGAUACAUAAUGCAGAACCAAAUGUCAAGUUGUUUCUGAAUGAAUUCAAUGUUGUAUCAUCAUCUAUAUCUACAACGGCUUACACAAACCAAGGAAAACGGUUCAGAAUUGAUAAGGUGCCUAUUUAUGGUAUGGGCAUACAAAGUCACCUUCCGUCCAGUACCAUUAACAUGGAUUCACUAAAGUAUAGGUUAGACAAAGUAGCUGAAUCUGGUCUGCCGAUAUGGAUAACAGAGCUAACAAUAAUGGACUCCAAUGAAAGCAAUAAAGCUGCAGCACUAGAAGAUGUGAUGACCAUGUUCUUCAGUCAUCCAGCAAUAGAAGGAAUUUUACUAUGGGGAUUCUGGGACGGUGCAGCAUACGAUAGAAGACUGGCAUUAGCAACCGGAAGUAGUGUCACGCCAAAUGCCGCAGGGAGGAAAUGGCAGGAGUUAUUUCAUCAAAGAUUCCGUACAAAUGAAACUCAUGCAUUGAGUGGACAAACAUCAAUCAGUCAAAAAGUGUUUUAUGGGGAUUACCAGCUAAUAUUCAGAAAGAAUGGAGUUAUAGUACACACAGAAAAUAUAAACAUGGACCAAGAUGGGCAGAAUAUAAUCAUAAAUUUAUAACCAUAACUCAAUAUUAAAAAAAGAACACGAUAGACGUUCCUAUAUUGUA